AUGGAAUCUAAAAAUCCAUACGCUUUCCCGCUGACACCAGAGCAUGAGGACAUUCAUCUUACGCGAGCAACGAACAGCAAGCCUACUGAGCCAGCAUAUUUUCAUCAUAUCUUCGAACGUGAUCGCUGUAUUGGACGAGCUCUUUGGAUAGGCUUCGAACACGAGGGUCUUCAUGCUGAAACGUUCCUGUUCAUGACUAUACAAAGCCCGAACGUCCUUCCCCCUCCUAAUCUACCCAGGCCAGACUUUUCAAAGCUCGCAAAAGAAGCUGCUUCACGACGCCUUCAGAAUCCAUGGAUAAAGGUCCCCGAGCAGAGUUUCACCAUUGGAUACCAUGACCCUGAAGGUGACGAUGGACCAAAUAGAUUCUUUGCGUGGGACAAUGAGCGCGAGCCGUAUGAUAUCACUGUUCCAGAAAUCGAGGCUCAAGGUCGACCGGUCAGUAACGGAGAGUAUGCUAAGUACCUCGUAGACAGCAAGGAGCCUCAGAUCCCCGCAACUUGGAGCAAGAUGCGCGAUGCCCGAAGUGAUAAAGAUUACACCACGUUCGUCGCUCGUCACAGUAUCAAGACUGUCUGGGGGCCAGUACCAUUAUCGCAGGCACUUGGUUGGCCUGUGACGGCCUCUUUUGACGAGGUAGAGAGAUAUUCUCAAUGGGCUUGUGCUCGCUUACCAACGCUCCACCAACUACGGAGCAUCCACGAGUAUGUUGAGCGUCGUCGUGAAGCCCCGGACAGCAAAGCGAACCAUCAAUUCCCUAUCGAUCCAAAAGCCGUAUUUGUUGAUUUAUCGAACACGAAUUCUGGAUUUCGAAACUUUCAACCAAUGGGAAUCACUCACAAGGGCGAUCUUUGCGGACUGGGUGAUACUGGAGGUGCAGCUGAGUGGACGAGAACUUUAUUCGCGCCGCAACCGGGAUUCAAGGCAAUGGAUAUUCAUCCCGGAUAUAGUGCCGACUUCAUGGAUGAGAAACAUCUGGCCGUGGUUGGAGGAAAUUGGGCCCUGCAUCCUCGUAUUGCAGGCCGGAAGAGUUUCCUGAAUUGGUGGCAGAAGAAAUAUCUCUGGCCAUGGGCAACGUUUCGUCUUACCGAGGUCGAUGGCGGUAUCUGCGGUGGCUUUGUGGGUGCUUUUGCUAGUCCCGUGGUGACAUCAUACGAUAUCAAUUGA